AUGGAGGAGGACAGGGAAGACCGGCGCUGCGAUCUACGAAGCCAACCGCAUCGCUGCCGCCAAAGCGAAACGCGGAGACCGAAAUCACAACUUCGCUCAGUACGAAACGGCGACGCACAACCACUUCCAACGUGUUCCCGCUGUCAACGGACACUCCGGGCUCGAAUCGGACUUGUCGGACAUCUUCGGAUCAACUGCGCUUCUCGAAUUGCACCAAUCAUCUUCCCCCUGCCCGCCUCUUCCUCAUCCUCUCCGCCACCAACUAACUCUGACAAUUCUUCUGAAACACCACUUCCAUCCUCCUCCUCCUCCUCCUACUCUUCCUCCUCCUCCUCCUCCUGCUCCUCCUCCUCCUGCUCAUCCACUGCUCCCACGACGACCGUUCGGGCGACUGUCACGCGCGCAACACCCGACACCACCACCACCUCCCCCGACUCCAGCGGUGAGGAUCAGGACUACACCUGCUCUCACUGCGACCGCACAUUCACCUCACACAUCGGCCUGGUCGGUCACAUGCGAAUCCAUCGCACAGAGACUGGCGAACCAGUGCCUGGAGCACCAACUUACACCCAUCGCACUCACCUCCACUGCCCACGCUGCCCUCGCACCUUCAGGCACCGCAUGGGCCUAUUCGGCCACAUGCGUACCCACGAGAGCGGCACUGACCGCACUCCCGACACACCCACCACAUCCACCGUGCACAACCCCACCCUCGCUCCAUCCGUUUUCGCCACCACCACCAACACCACCACCACCACCACCGCCACCACCACCACCACCACCACCACCACCGCCUCCUCUGUAGCUGACGCUGACACCGCCGACUUCUCAUGCCCACACUGUCCACGCACAUUCACCUCACGCAUCUGCCUGGUCGGUCACUUGCGAAUCCAUCGCACAGAGACUGGCGAACCAGUGCCUGGAGCACCAACCUAUACCUCCCAACCUCGUGUCAACUGCUCACACUGCCCUCGCACCUUCGGACAACGCAUGGGCCUAUUCGGUCACAUGCGCAUCCACGACGACCUGCGGUAG